GAUGGAAUUGGACAAUCGUCGGAAGGCCUACCGGCUCGUCGCCUAUUCGGCUGUCACGUUUGCUGUAUUCGCAGUGCUUUCGUUAAGUAUAACGAUGCCAAUGGUUUACAGCUAUGUGAAUCAUGUGAAGCGGAGCAUGACUCACGAGAUCCGUAACUGCAAGAGCACGGCUAGCAACAUCUUGGACGAGGUUUCUCACAUCAGCAGCUUCCCUGCGAACAGAACAGCCCGUCAGAGCGGCUACGAGCAAGAAGGACCAGCUCCCAGCGGCGGAGACAGCAAAUGCAGCGGAUGCUGCAAUCCAGGUCCACCAGGAGUUGCAGGAGAGCCAGGACGACCAGGCAGAGCGGGUAAAUCCGGAGCCCCAGGAAUGCCAGGACAUCCCGGCAGGCCGCUAGGAAUUACCUGCGAGCAGCCGACUCUUCCACCAUGUAAACCAUGCCCAGCUGGACCUCCUGGUUUGAAGGGACGCAAAGGAUUACCUGGUCCACAAGGUACUCCCGGUGCGCAUGGAGCACCCGGUAUUCCAGGACCACCCGGUGAGCCGGGACCAAAAGGACCACCCGGACCUGAUGGUGGUAUGGGUAAUUGCGGUAAAGCAGGAGACAAGGGAGAAGAUGCUUACGCUGUUCCUGACAUACCAGGAGAACCUGGACUCCGUGGACCACCUGGACCACGAGGACCCCCAGGAUUGGAAGGAUUGCCAGGAAAGGAUGGUCCAAUGGGUAAAAUGGGACCAGCGGGACCUUCCGGACCCAAAGGAUUGCCUGGUCUUCCAGGCAAACCCGGAAAAUCUGGAAAACACGGAAAGAAAGGAAAAGAUGGAGAACGAGGCAUUUGCCCGAAAUACUGUGCAAUGGAUGGCGGUAUUUUCUUUGAGGACGGCAGCACUCGCUAGUUGCAUAUGGC